CACGAGAAAAUCUAGAAUAGUCUGCACGUUCGAAAUUCCUAUGCCACUAGUAGUUGAGUAACACAGCAUGGCGGGAGGCAAAGAAGAGGGGAGAAGCCACCAGGACUACGAAACGGAACCAUCGGCUGCUGCGGGUGACAUCGCCAAUAAUGACAGCAGCAGCAACAACCACGAUUCGACCCACCCGGGUGCAUCCACGGACCUCAUCACAAAGCUGUUGGUCAAACGCGUYGUUGGUUUUUUGGAGCAGAAACCCUCUGAUUUCGCGAUCACUCUCCUGCCCGAUUCGGAACCAUCUGUAGCAGGAACCGAAAAAGUAAGGCGGAACGAAAGCCCGGUGCCGGCGUCGGAUUCGUUGGCAUCUCUWWCUAGCGAGGAGCGCACCCUACUGGAGGCAUCUACGGCUUUGAUGACGGAACCCAAUCGCGAUGCACCCUCAAAACAUAUAGGCCACCUCGGGUUGGACGCGAGACAUUUGCCUCAAAUUGCCAGAAUUCUUCGCACGGCUUACUUCCGGGCCAGAGAAACAUUUCGAACGGCAUCGUUGGCAUCGUCGUCGGCACCGUCUCGUAAAACACCGGCUCGGUAUUGGUCGGAAGCGGAAGAACUGUUCCGCAUCACGUCGUGCCUAUUGCUCAUUCAACCGGAUCAUGUUACGGCAUGGGCCGAUCGGCGGCGGUGUCUGCUAAGGCUCCAAUAUCGCGGCGUGAAUGCUCUCGAUCCCGUGGCCUAUGGUUGUGACAACGACGGAUGCGUGCAGAGCCAGACCGACGACAGCGAAAUUGGAGAAGCACAGAAACAGGCAUCGCUAGAUCUAUGGAAUCAAGAGCUGGAUUACCUGGACCUUCUCGUGACACAGCACUCAAAGGCGUAAGUGCUUUUUGUGAAGUUGGAAACCGCAUCUCUGCCUUCUUUGUGAGCGAUUGCACCGCAAUGUUUUCCAACCCGUCUGUGUUUUGAUGCGAUGCACCACACCAACCGAAACCAAUCACAGGCCUUCGUCGUGGAGCCACCGAAAGUAUGUUCUGCGGCAUUUGYUUCGAGGCAUCCAAAAAUCCUCCCAACCCCCGAACAAAACCAAGGAAGAGUUGUUCUCUCGGGAAGUUCGGACUUGCACCGAAGUGGCGGAAAAAUUCCCGAAAAAUUAUUACGCGUGGACGCACCGGAGGAACUUGUGGGAUUUGUUUGCUUUCGACGAAAUGGACACGGGCAACGGAGCCGACGGGGGAGAUGCCGAGCAACCCGUGGGCAGCGAAAGGAAACGGGAAAUGCAGCAACAAGAAGGGAAGAAAAGGCACCAACGAUACACAGAGCUCCUGGAAACCGAAUUGGUGGUUGGAUUGUGGCAGGAUUGGUUGCCGAAGCACCCGGCCGACCAUUCGGCGGUCCACUACUCGUGCCAGGUUCUCGACUUGGUCCUCGGGGCCAUUGCGGCAAUGCCAACGGAAGGGACUGGUGAGCGGGACGCCAGGAUCGAAUCGAUUUCGAUUGCGGCCCUCGAGACGGUCCGGUCGCUCCUGUCGAAGCAUUCCUCCAACGACUACGAGAGCCUCUGGAUCCUCCGCCGUCUCACCUGUAAGACGUUGUGGGAACGCCAGCCGUGCCGCCCCGUGGAAGAAGAGCGGACGGCCGCUGCGGAGACCCCGGGCCGUCGCCUGGUGAGGGACGACCUGGCACUGGUUCUUUCGUCCACCCUUGGCGCGAACGGCGACAAACRGCCGCCGCUCGAAGAASCACAGCGACAGGCGGGCCCGAGCGGCGCCGUCGAAGGAACUCCCAUCGACGACAAGAACGWUUCURUGCACGCCUGGACGUUUCUGGCGUGGUGCCUYGGGAAUCUAAGCGGAAUUWACGAAAGGGACGACGAACACGUCUUUACCAAAUGCGUCGGGGCGGCCAUCUCGGGGCACCUGACGGCAACGGCACAAGGAAGAGCAACGAGCACACCGCAACACAAUGUCCUAAUGUAUACAUCUGCAUCGUCGCCGCUAUUGGAGAUGCUGAAGGAGGGAACGGUAUAAACACAYCCACUCAUAGAAUAUUGUUGUAUCAAACUGAAUUGUAGUCUGGGGUUUCCYYUAUGUUUCGUGGAAUCAAAGCAUUGGUCCGGU